AUGCCCUUCGGUAUCAUCGACUGCAAGAAGUUGGAGGUCGUCCCUGGUACCUCUUUCAUGAGUGACCAGGAUGACCUCCCUCCCGAGUAUUCAGAAGUCCCUCGAGAGCUGUUGAAGCACGGCAAGGGCAGAUAUGCGAACAUCAUUCUGGUUCCUCAGCCCUCGGAUUCACCGAACGACCCCCUCAACUGGCCACAAUGGCAGAAGGAGAUGAUCCUCCUGAUCGUCGGUCUAUCGGCAGCCGUCGUCGGUGCCUUUGGUCCCAUGCUUUCGCCUGGUUUCGUUCCUAUUUCAGCACAACUCGGUAUCACGGUCGAGGUCCUCUCUCAGGCGACUGCGUGGCUCAUUCUUACCAUCGGUCUCGGUCUUUUCAUCACGAACCCUCUCGCGAAACUGUACGGAAAACGACCAAUCUACAUUCUGGCCAGCUGUAUCAUGCUGGCAGCCAGCAUCUGGGGAGCCGUGGCGACCGACUACAGCUCAUUCUUGGCCAGUCGUGUCGUUUCGGGUAUUGGAAUGGCCCCAUACGAGGUCUUGGUCCAAUGUACCAUUGGUGACCUCUAUUUCGUCCACGAACGCGCCACUCGCAUCGCUGUAUGGAAUCUGUUCCUUCUGACCGGUAUCGCUGGCGGAGCGCUGGUAUCGGGAUACAUCAUCGAAUACGACGGCUACAAGUGGACAUUCGGAGUGUGCGCCAUCUUCUUUGGCGUCCUCCUGUUCGGUGUCCUCUUGUUCGUACCGGAAACAUCGUUCCGCCGCGACGCUGUCGUGGUCGUUCCUGUUCAAGAUGAGGUUACGGGAGACUCGGAGAAAGCUGGUACAACACAUGUACACAUGGGACUGGGUCAUGAGCACGACAUCUCUCAGGCGCAUGGUGAAAAGAGCAAGCAUCUCUCUUACUCGGCAACGCAUGGCUCGAGUGAGCCCAAGAUGUCGUACUUACGGUCGCUGCGUGUGUUUACUGGUCGAUACAGUUAUGCGCCUCUGUUCAAAGUCUUCACGCGUCCUGUGGUCCUAUUCUUUUACCCUGCGGUAUUCUGGGGCUUCUUGGUGUACGGUACCACCUUGACAUGGAUUGUGGUUUUCUCCGUCGUCAACGGAGUCAUCUUCGUAGCUCCUCCGUACAACUUCUCAGUCUCGCAGGUCGGAUUGAUCAGUUUGUCUCCAUUCAUCCUCACCUUGUUGGGUGAAGUCAUCUCCGGACCUCUCAAUGACUGGAUUUGCGUCUACCUGACCCGGAAAAAUAAGGGUAUCUACGAGCCAGAAUUUCGCCUGGUGCUCAUGGUUGUCGUGGCGAUCUUGGGCACGGUCGGUUUCUUUGGCUUCGGUGCGACGGUGCACUACCAGACUCACUGGACCGGACCUGUUCUUACCUUUGGUCUUGCAAACAUGAGUCUCGCAUUUGCGUCGACCUGUGUGUUUGGUUAUGUGAUUGACUCAUACCCAAGAUUGAACGAGGAGGCCUUUGUUGCCAUCAACGCUCGUAAUCUCUUGACCUUCGGCCUGACCUACUUUGUCAACGACUGGCUGGCUCAAGACGGCGCCCUGAAGGUUUUCUGCGUGCUUGGAGGGCUCUUCUUGUUUGUGUGCUUCUUGACCAUUCCUCUAUGGAUCUAUGGAAAGAAGAUUCGAUCCGCGAUCGGUAGAAAUGAGUGGCUCCAGAGGUAUAUGAACGACGACAUGUAA